CUGGAUAAUUUGCAGUAACUUAGCCGUCUUUCGUUAUAUUUAUCUUUCGCGCAACACCGCAACACCCCUUCAAGAUGGCCCUUGCACUCAGGCGCGCUGCCCCUAUGGCCAUGACCAAGCGCAAUGCCUCCCUUCGCGCUGCUUGCCGCCCAGCUCUGCGCACCGCGCCUCGCAAGAUUGUGGUGCGCGCCUCGACUGAGCCGACCGCUAGCACUAACGAUGCUGUUAACACCGUUGCCAACGAGAGCCUUGCUAAGGCUCAAGCCGCAGCUACUGAGGCCUGGACCUGGUUGAAGACCAAGUGGGAGGCCACUGAGGAUAGCGAGAAGCCCGCCGUGGUUGCCAUCCUCAUUGGCGUGAUUGUGGCGCAGAUUG